UGACAGUAUUAAAUAACAUCAACUCUUUUAUUAGCUCCUCUUGUAUAAAUGAGACGUCUAGAGCGGAGCAGGACAUGUAGGAGACGUGAGGUAAAGCUGGUGUGAGUGAAGAAGACUGUGGGAGGCCUGGUGGUAAACACCGAUCCAGAGCACUGGUGAAAGGGACCAAACAGGAAGUAGGUCUGCCAAAAAAAGUACUGAACCUAAAGUACAGCUGACUCAACAAUGAUUAAGGCACUGAGGCUGUAGUGUGAACUGCAUGACUCAUGGUUGACCAAAGAGAGAGUCAAGCCAAGAAUGAACUAUGGCCUAAUUCAAAUGAAACGUGGAGGCUUCCAUGUUUAACACUAGACCCUUGGGGACUGAUGGGCGAUUACCUUGAGUUUUCCAUUCUCUGUGCUGUCAUCACUGCUGUUCAUCUAUUGGUCAGGGAGGGAGAAGUGCCAUCCAGUGGCCUUAUUAAAGAGGUUGUGGGUUGUAAACCGGCCACAGCUCUACAGCGUCUCCUUUCCUGGUGAUGGAAGCCCAGACAGAAGCUGAGCUGUGCUUCCCGCUGCUCGUCAACUCCUCCUGCAGGAAGCCGAUGAAUCACCCCGAGACGUUCUUCAUCUACGUCCUGUUCUCCUGCAUCUCUGUGGUGACUGUGGCUCUCAACCUGCUGGUCAUCGUCUCCAUCUCCCACUUCAGGCAGCUCCACACUCCCACCAACCUCCUCCUCCUCUCUCUGGCCGUCUCCGACUUCCUGGUGGGUUUCCUGCUGAUGCCGGUUCGAAUUCGCCUCAUGGGAAACUGCUGGCUGUGGGGGAGCUUCAUGUGUGCCUUAUUUCGAUACACCUCCUUCAUUAUCACAUCUUCAUCUGUGGGAAACAUGGUGCUGAUAUCGGCUGACCGAUACGUGGCCAUCUGUGACCCCUUGGGUUACUCCACUAAGGUCACACAUGAGCGGGUUCGAGUGUGUGUGUGUGUGUGUUGGGCCUGUUCUGUCUCCUACAACGGUUCCAUUCUGCACGACUUCCUCAUGCACCCAGACGCAUAUAACUCCUGCUAUGGGGAGUGUGUGGCUGUCAUCAACUAUGUAACAGGAGCUGUAGACGUUGUGUUGACAUUUAUUGGUCCAAUCACAGUCAUCAUUGUUCUGUAUGUGAGAGUCUUUGUCGUUGCUGUGUCUCAAGCUCGAGCCAUGAGGUCUCAGAUCGUGUCGCUCCAGGGUUCGAUUUGUGUAGUUUCUCAGAAGUCAGAGAGGAAAGCAGCUAAGACUCUGGGAGUGGUAGUGGUUGUGUUCCUGGUCUGCUUCUGUCCGUACUUCUAUCCCUCUCUGGCGGGUGAAUACACAUCCACCACGGCAGCAUUUUCUGUUUUCGGUGUGUGGCUGCUUUACUGUAACUCCUGUUUCAAUCCCCUGAUUUACGCUUAUUUCUACCCCUGGUUCAGAAAAUCAAUCAGACUCAUUGUUACGAUGCAGAUACUCCGCCGUGACUCCUGCGAUGCCAAUGUGCUGCAUUAAAGCCUGUGCUGUGGGAAACAGGAAGACAGAGGAUAGUGAUUUUGUUUGCCAACUAAUAGCUGAACUUUGAACAUUGUAAUCCUCACUUACAGUAUUUAU